GUUUAAAAACUCAAAAAAAGGUGAAAAGUAAAGAAGGAGAAGAAAAAAAAAAGGUGAAAAAAAUAUAACAAUUUUUUUUUUAAAAAAAAUUGAAACAAGAUUCAUAGUAGUUGGUGAAUCAAAAUCCUAAAAAAGGAGACCAAUAUUAUGGUAUAGCAAAAAAAACUGAAAGUGAAGUAAGAAAGAGAGAGAAUUGUAGAGAGGCAAAAAGGCUUAAGUUCUUCUUGAUUUGCAAUUUGCUUUUGGAUUUUAUUAGCAGCUUUAUGAUAUGGAAGAUUCACAACAACAUUUGAGGGUGAAAGAGUAAUGCUAGAAGUAUGGGGAAAAAAGGCAGUUGGUUUUCUGCCAUCAAAAGGGUGUUUACACCCACCUCCAAGGAGAAAUUAUCCAAUGAUUCAGAGAAGAAAGGCGCUAAGGAAAAGAAGAGUCGCGGAAAACUGAAGCAUGCAGAAACCAAAUCAUUUAUCCCUCUCUUUAGAGAGCCAAGUAGUAUCGAGAAAAUACUUGGAGAAGCAGAUGAACUUAAACUACUUUCUCCAAGAUUCACUUUACCCGCGGGAGCUGUCUCUCCUCGGGUUUCUUCUUAUAGGUUUACCACUCCUAGCGCUACGUCUCCAAGAAUUGCCUCUCCUAAGGCUUCUUCUCGCCGCCUUACUUCACCUAAGGCUCCUUCUCACAGAGUUACUUCUCCAAGAGCUAUAUCUCCUAGGGUUCAUCCUCCAAGGGUAUCUUCUCCUAAUGUGAGUCGUAAUCGCAAAGAAAACAGCUAUGCUUAUAGACCAGAACCAACUUUGACAACUCUCAAUCUUUCAGCAACAAAGAUACAGGCAGCCUACAGAGGUUACAUGGCAAGGAGGAGUUUUAGAGCUUUGAGGGGUUUAGUAAGACUUCAAGGAGUUGUGAGAAGUAGCAAUGUAAAAAAGCAAACAGCAAAUGCUAUGAAGCAGAUGCAACUUCUUGUUAGGGUCCAAACUCAAAUUCAGUCGAGGAGAAUCCAAAUGUUGGAAAAUCAGGCACUUCAACACCAAGCAUACAGGAACGACAAGGAUGUUGAGAGCACUAUCAGUAAAUGGACUCAGCUGUGUGAGGCAGGUAACAAUGAUAAUUGGGAUGAUAGUUUGCUGACCAAAGAAGAAGUAGAAGGAAGGUUGCGGAAAAAAGUGGAGGCAGUCAUCAAGAGGGAGAGAGCAAUGGCAUAUGCAUAUUCUCACCGGCUAUGGAAAAAUGAUCCAAAAUCAGCUAUGGACGUGGGAGCUAAUGGUUUUCCAUGGUGGUGGAAUUGGUUAGAACGUCAACUACCUUCAGGAAACGCUAAAAAAAGUUCGUCUGCUGUGAAAGAUAUCAAACUAACACCACCAAGGGCGAUUUCAGAACACAAACCAAGUCCAACGCCUCUAAACAACGUUACUUUCAGACGGAUAAUUUCUGAUUACGAUAACAAUGAAUCAUCGGUCACACCAAUGUCAACCAAGUCAGCAAUUCCAACAAGGGGAAAACAGAUGCAUACUCCAAGUAGAACACCACCAAUAAACAACAACUCAAGUCUAAAGAAGUACUCGAGAGCUCGAGCUAGUGCUUCUAACUACCCUUUUGAUCUUCCAUUAAAGGACGAUGAUAGCCUCACAAGUUGUCCUCCAUUUUCAGUACCACAUUACAUGUCACAAACUGCAUCAGCUAAAGCUAAAGCCAGAGCAAAUAGCAAUCCUAAGGAGAGAAAUCCAGAAAAACAAUCUAAUGACACAAAGAAAAGAUUUUCAUUUCCUUUGACUCCUAAUAUUUGGUCAUCUAAGUGGAGUAAAGGCUCUGGAAAGGAUUCUACUUCUCGGAAAGAAGUCGAUAAACAUGAAUCCAUGGCAGAUCAUAUAAGUGUGGAUUCAACUGUUUCGAUGCCUGCUGUUGUUGGUGGGAGGAGACCAUUUAACAGAUUUGUGUGAUUGUUCUUUGUAUGUUACCUAUUAACUUGUGGAAUUCAUUUUGAUUGUUUUUUUUUUCUUCUAUUGUUGUUAUAUGAGUGCAUGAAGUGUUGUAUUGGUAUUCAUAGAAUUGAUGUAUAAUAAUGAAGAAGUCAUAACAA